UUAAGUCACUUGCUCAAUACAUUUUAUCAGUAUCUCUGUACAAAAAAAAAACACAAUGCCAAGAACCAUGUGGAAAGACUUCCAUCUUUGCUUUCCAUCAAAUCUCAUCAAGCCCUCCUCCAACGCCUCCGAAGAAGAAGCCAACCGGCCACCCAUUCUUCUCAUCAACAACUUCAACAACCUUUACAACGAUACCACCACCACUGGCCACAGCAUAUCUAAGCCUCUUAUUGAACCUUCCUCCACUACAACCACCACAACAUUCACUGCCUCCGCCUCCACCUCCACCUCCACCACCGGUAAUUCCUCGUCCUUCUCCGCCUCCUUGUAUGAGUCUGAUAAUUACGGUAUUGCCCCUGACGACACUCUCCCUCCGGACUUAACCGCCGUUCUUGCCUCACGUCGCUUUUUCUUCUCUUCACCUGGCCGCUCCAACUCAAUCACCGAUUCUCCUGAUCUCCGUCCCCGGUUUGAUCACAAAACUUCCACUGCUACUACCGCUGCUACUAGGCUUCUAACCGGAGGAGCCGCCAUGAAGCAAUGCGUGCAAUCUCCUGAUCCUUACAACGACUUCCGCCGAUCGAUGCAAGAGAUGCUUGACGCCGUUACAGACGCAGGAGAUGCUCGCCGUUACGAGUUCUUGCACGAGCUGUUAGCUAGCUACCUCUCAUUGAACGCAGAAGAUACACAUAAGUUCAUUAUCAGAGCUUUCGCCGACGUUCUCGUCUCUCUCUUAUCGGACGGUCACCGGACUAACUGACGUGGCAAGUUCUUAUGUUAUGUAAAAAACCACUUAUGUUUUUGGGAUUAGCGCUUUAGGACAAAAAAGGAAAUAUAUCAAAUGUAAUAAUUGUGUUAUGAUACGAGAAAAUCGAGAGAGGCGUUCAGUUUUGUCUCGAUCGCAUGCAGUUAGAUUGCUUUUUUAAUUUAGUUUUGUUUUUACCUUCUUAAAUAAAUGAUGAAUCGGGGAUAUCCAUAUGGUAAAA